AUGGCAAACUUCAAUGCCAAGUUCCUCUUUUGCUUUGCUUUGAUUGCUCUUGCUGCUGUUCCAAGUCUUGCAGUUAUGUACGUAGUUGGAGAUUCUAAUGGUUGGGCUUCGGGAAUAAAUUAUGCCGACUGGGCAUCAGGGAAGAGCUUCAAAGUUGGAGACAAACUUUCGUUCAAUUAUGUUGGUGGAAGCCAUACAGUGGAUGAAGUAAGCUCAAGUGACUACAACUCAUGCGAUCCGGCGAAUCCCAUCUCAACUGACAACAACGGCCCCACCACAAUCACUCUCAAAACCGCCGGAACACAUUACUUCAUCUGCGGAAUACCCGGACACUGCAGUCUAGGGAUGAGGUUAUCCGUCACCGUGGCACCCGCCGGAGGAGCAGCAGCACCCGGAGGAUCCACCGCCGCUCCUGCACUGGCCGGAAACGGAGGCAGCAGCUCCAGGCUCCGGUACACCUGA